CGCCCGGCCAGAACCGCGGACAGCGCCGGGUGCCGGUGGCGGCGCCGGGCCGCCCCCAUGGCGCUGCUCCGCGUCCUCUGCCUUCUCGCUGCCCUCAGACGUAAGUGCCGGGGCUGUGGGGGAUGGCACCGGCACAGGCGGGGAGGGGACCGGACCGGACCGGGCCGGGCCCGGGGGCUGCGCCUGUUGCACAGGACGGGUCCGGAGUGGGGCCGGUACCGGCCGUUCCGCGGUGCCGGUGCCACCGGCGCUCCCCGAGCGCCCCGGGGCUGUGCGGCCGCCGCGGGCUCGGGCUCCCCGAGGCGGUGCCCGGGGUGGGCAGGAACCGACAGGAACGGGGAGGGGGUGUCACGAACGGGCAGGAAUGGCGGGGAGGGCGGAGAGGAACCCCCAGCGCUGUCCAGCCGCUCGCCCCCACUCACGGAGCCCCUGAGCCCGCCCGUUCGCCCCCGGCCCUCCCCGCUCCGUGCCCGGCUGUGACACCCACACCCCACCAGCAUGCGCCCCAUCGUUCCUGCUCUUGGGCUGCCAGGCACAGAGCCCCAGACCGGGUACAGGCUCUGUCCCGGGGGGGCCCCGGACCCUCGUGGGGGGCCCUGCCUGCCGCCAUGGGGCUCAGGCUCGGCCGUGCCCCAGGGAGCCUGGGCACAGACACGGAGGAGCGGCUGGUUGAGUACCUGCUGGACCCUGCACGCUACAACAAGCUGAUCCGGCCGGCGACCAAUGGCUCGGAGCUGGUGACCGUGCAGCUGAUGGUGUCGCUGGCGCAGCUCAUCAGCGUGCAUGAGCGGGAGCAGAUCAUGACCACGAAUGUCUGGCUGACCCAGGAGUGGGAGGACUAUCGCCUCACGUGGAAGCCUGAGGACUUUGACAACAUGAAGAAGGUCCGCUUGCCCUCCAAGCACAUCUGGCUGCCUGAUGUGGUGCUCUACAACAACGCCGAUGGGAUGUACGAGGUUUCCUUUUACUCCAACGCGGUGAUCUCCUACGAUGGCAGCAUCUUCUGGCUGCCACCUGCCAUCUACAAGAGCGCGUGCAAGAUCGAGGUGAAGCACUUCCCCUUUGACCAGCAGAACUGCACCAUGAAGUUCCGUUCCUGGACCUACGACCGCACCGAGAUUGACCUGGUGCUGAAGAGCGAGGUGGCCAGCCUGGAUGACUUCACACCCAGCGGCGAGUGGGACAUCGUGGCGCUGCCGGGGCGGCGCAACGAGAACCCCGAUGACUCCACCUACGUGGACAUCACGUAUGACUUCAUCAUUCGGCGUAAGCCGCUCUUCUACACCAUCAACCUCAUCAUCCCCUGCAUCCUCAUUACCUCCCUGGCCAUCCUUGUGUUUUAUCUCCCAUCUGACUGUGGCGAGAAGAUGACACUCUGCAUCUCUGUCCUGCUCGCCCUCACCGUCUUCCUCCUGCUCAUCUCCAAGAUCGUGCCACCCACCUCACUGGACGUGCCACUGGUGGGCAAGUAUCUAAUGUUCACCAUGGUGCUGGUGACCUUCUCCAUCGUCACCAGCGUCUGUGUCCUCAAUGUGCACCACCGCUCGCCCACCACGCACACCAUGCCGCCCUGGGUCCGCACCCUCUUCCUCCACAAGCUCCCGGCGCUGCUCUUCAUGAAGCAGCCGCGGCAGAGCUGCGCCCGCCAGCGCCUGCGCCAGCGCCGGCACACGCAGGAACGCGCUGCUGCCGCCACUCUCUUCGUGCAGGCCGGUGCCCACACCUGCACCUGCUACGCCAACCCUGGCGCUGCCAAGGCCGAGGGGCUCAACGGCUACCGGGAGCGGCAGGGGCAGGCGCCGGGCCCCGCAGCGGGCUGCAGCUGUGGGCUGGAGGAGGCGGUGGACGGCGUGCGCUUCAUCGCCGACCACAUGCGCAGCGAGGACGACGAUCAGAGCGUGAGCGAGGACUGGAAGUACGUGGCCAUGGUCAUCGACCGCCUCUUCCUAUGGAUCUUCGUCUUCGUCUGUGUCUUUGGCACCAUUGGCAUGUUCCUGCAGCCCCUCUUCCAGAACUACACCACCAACUCCCUGCUGCAGCUUGGCCAGGGCACCCCCACCUCCAAAUAGCAUGGGGAAUGGCCAGUCCCAGGGCCGGAGAGCUGGGUACUGGGCUCAGGCAGCCCCUGCAAACCAAUAAAUACUUCCACAGGACCGGGCUGGUUCCAUCU